AUGAUUUCUUCGGAGGGUCUAGGUGAUAUAACUGAAUAUCCGACAUCGGAAUGGGGCGAUGAGCUUAUUUUUGGCGAUGAAGAUGAUAUAGAAGAGGAACUGAAUUUGAAAACAACAGCGGCUAGCGAUUUACCUUCGAGAAACUAUUCUAGUCGACCAGAUACAAAUAAAUCGACUAGUUCACAACUACGAAGAGAUAGUAAACGUAUUCGCUUGAAGUAUUCCCAUCCUCCAGUGGUUAAUUUCGCUGCGAACAAUCUCAAACGCGACCCGAGUAUCGAAUAUUUGAUCGAAUCACACAAAUCAAACGUGAUUGAAAAUUCGUACACGCGUUUAGCGCAAGCGACCUCACAUGUCUUCCGACCAACGUAUACAGGAACGAAUUCAGUUCGACCGCGGUUUAUCACAUCGAAAAGUGACAAUUCUACCCAAGUCGAAAAGAAAACAGAACGAAAAAUCGAUUCCACAAUCGAGGAUAAACUUCCAUUUGCUUCCAUCGUCGAAUUUGAAACUGAGACAUGGGACGAAGGGUUGAACAAUGAAAUUGAACGAGAGGAGAAUCUCGCAAAGAACAAAUCUAGUUUAUUGGUUUACGAAGAAACAUGUAAACAUUUCAACAUAUCGAUGUGCUCGAUGAUUCUUCGUUCUUUGAACACAACAAAAAUCAACUUAGCAAACUACGGGCUCGGUCCAAAAGGAACCGCUGCACUAACUGUUGCUCUAUUGCGUAAUACAUCAGUUCAAACGCUGAAUCUCGCAGGAAAUAAUAUUGGCGAUUCUGGUAUGUCGUAUAUCUACCAAAUUCUGACAGAAAAUUCUUAUAUUGAAAACUAUGAUCUUUCAUACAACAAUCUCGGCGGCAAAGGUCUUGGUAAAUUAGCAGCAGGAGCGAUUCGUUGUGUUCAGUUGAAGUAUUUGAAUAUUGCGGGAAAUGGUUUGACAGGAGGUGACAUUGACAUUCUAUUGACAAAAUUAGAUGAUCAUCUAUGUCUUCGCACUCUCAAUCUAAGUCAUAACCAAUUGGAUGAACGAGGUGGCAUUGCCGUUGGAAAAUGGCUAUGUGAUAAUCAUGUUUUGCUUAGUCUUGACGUCAGUUGGUGUAGUAUUCGUUUACUCGGUGCUCAAGCUUUAGCAAAAGCAAUCGGUGAAAAUAAUAAAUUAACAACGCUUGAUUUAUCGAACAAUCGUUUUACGAAUGAAACAUUAGAACCGUUAACAGAUUCAUUGAUGCGGAAUAUGGUUUUAAAGGAAUUGAAUCUAUCAGGGAAUCAAAUUUUCUGCGGAUAUUCAACACAAAUCAAAGAAAACCCGUCGAUUUUAAUAGACGGAAAUCAAUCCUCGGUGUAUGAUUUGUUAGCCGCAGCUAUGACAAAUCAAGUCUUGAAAAUCUUUCGAUUAGGAAAAAAUCACCUUGACACACGUUGUGUGAUGAUUAUAUUAGAAGCUUUAGUCGAACUUGAUGAAAUUUCGUUAGAAGAACUCGAUUUAACAGGCUUAACUCUGACGUCAAAACAAAACUUAGAUAUGCAAAAGUUGUUUCCGCGACAUUCUCAAUUCAAAUGUUAUGUUGAUCCAAUUAAACAAACAAUCGAACCAUUUGCCAAUCAUCUUCUACAUGCCAUUCACACAUACUGUACAGAAAAUGAUGUCACAUUGAAAGAUGUAUUCGUUCCACUGAAAGAUGAACAAACAGUUAUAACAUAUGAUCAGUUUUGCGAAAGUUUAAGAAAAGCAAGAAUACCAAUUCCAACAACACAAAUCGAGAAUAUCAUGAAAUAUUUAGGAAGAGAAGACGACGAAGGAAUGAUUUCUAUGAGAAGACAUACUAUGAACGAACCACAUACAAAUAAUCAUUCUAUGUGCAAUCAAAAUCAGAUAUUGAAAACUCUGCCACUGAAAAAACGUCGAACUUAUCUGAUCGAUUCAUCCAUUACAAACGAUGAACAGAAUGAAAAUGAUUGCAAAACAAACAAUCCAUCUUUUUCUCGACAUGAUCGACUUCUAAAACAUGUUCCGUUAUCACCACCUUCUUCGCCGCACAUCGAGCUCUUACGCCAACAGUAUCCUUACUUUCCAGCGAGUUCUCUACUCAACCAACCGCAGAACUAUCAAUAUCCAUUCGCUUAUGGGAAUUUUCCACAUCAACAACGAAAAUGUUCCUGUGAAGGUGAAACCAUAGAUGAACAUUUUCGCAAAUCUUUUGCAGGUCAACAGGAACAUUUAACCUAUCGUUGUUUUACUCCAGAUGACUCAUCAUCAAACAGUUCUGCAACUGAACAAACUUCAGCUGAUUCAAUCGAAGAACAUUUCGCCCGUUCAUUGGCAAAAUUUCAAUUAUUGAAUCAAGAUGAACUGACCUCGGUCCAUCGUCAAAAAACUGAAUCCAUCGUUGAUGAUCAUUUUGCUAAAGCACUAGGCACGAAAACGUGGGAAAAAUUAAAAGACAAAUGUUAA